AUGCAAUCUCAAAUUGAAAGUGAACAUUCAACAUUACGUAAGAAUCUUAUUACAAUAGAUCGACCUGAUUCGUCACAACUUGUCGAUCUACAUGUUUAUAUCAUACCAAAAAGUAUUUGGAAAGAACAUAAAAAUUUAGCGGAAAAUGAUGCGAUUGAACAAGCAAUAUCAGCUGGUUUUGUUCGUGUAUCACAAAAUUUAACAAUACAUGAUCUUCGUCAACAUAUUCUUGAUGUUUGUGGACAAGAAAAUGAAUUUCCAAAAGAAUUUAUUUAUCUUCGAAGUGUCGGUCGAUGUUUAGCGAAGGUUAAACCUCAACAAGAAACUGAUCUCCGAGUAAAGAAUUAUCGACCACCUAUAACAAUUGCACCUGAAAUAUUUGUUGUUGAAGGACAUUAUGAUGAUGAUUCAUCAAUGUCAAGUAAAUCAAAAAGUUUUCUUGCUCGUGAAUCACCUAUUGAACAUUCAUCGGACACACCACCACACAUAACGACAAGUCGUCAACAAAGUUUGAUGGAAUCUAUUGCCGAAUCACCAGCACCACCCAUAGCAACAGAAAAUAAUUCAUUUGGUGAACGACAAAAUUCAACAAUUCUCAAUAGAUCAGCUCAUUCUUCUUUGUCAACCUUCUCCAGAGCUUCAAGUACACUUAGUGCAAGAGAUUUAUCAAAACUAAGAGAAGAACAAGAACGUCUUCGUUUACGUCAAAUUGAAUUAGCACGACAACGACGUCAAAUUGAAGAAGAACAAAAACGACGUGCACUUAAUAAUGAUAAGGGAAGUUCUGAAAGUGAAAAUGAAGAACCAACACGCGAUAUAAAACCUGAAAAACAAAAUCAUAAAACUGAACCGGAAAAACCGAAACAUGAAGAGAAAAAGCCUGAAAUUAAAUACGAAGAAAAAAAACCUGAAAUCAAACAUGAGGUGAAAAAACCUGAAAUUAAGCACGAAGAACCUAAACAUCAAAUCGAAAAAGGCGAUCAAAAACAUGAUAAAGAAUUACAUACUAAACCAAAAAAUCUUUCUCAAGCUCAACGUGAAAAAGAAGAAAAAGCAGCUGUUAAAAUUCAAGCUGGUUAUCGAGGUUAUCGAACUCGUCGUAAAAUAAAAGAACAAAAGGAACGAGAAAUAUCAAAUUUUGUUAAAUAUCGAGGAUUUUGGUCACCAGAAUUAGAACAUGAACGAAUACGAUCAUCAAAUAAACAGAGAAAUCUCUAUUCUAUAUCAUUUGAAAGAUAUCAAUCUUGGAGAAAUGAACAUCUAUGGUCAGCAUCAUCUUCUCCUAAAAAUGAAAAUAUCUUUACAAAAAAAUCUGAUAUCAAUCAGCCUUUUGGCUUUUCAUCUUUCAGACUUGAUGCACAUGCAAUUGAACGUUUACUAAAAGAAGCACGUGAAUUAGCUCGUCGUAAAGCUGAAGACGAACAUGCUGAAGAAAUCGAAGCACAUGAUGUUUUAAAACUUUCAAAACGUCUCGAAGAAAUCAAAGCAAAACGUAUUGAAUUAGAAACAAAUCGAGAAGUAAUUAUUCGUCGAAUGCAACAAAUUCAUGCACAAAUUACUGUUCGUCGAACAGAAGAACGAGAUUUAUGGAAACAAAAAUAUCUUGCCGAAAAGAGAAAAACAAUUGAACUUGAAGAAAAAACUCACAUGGUAUCAAAAGAUCAACCAGAUAUGAAUUCUAAAAUUGAACAAGCUAAAAUUCGUUUAAAUCACACUACGAAACUUCGACAACAAGCUGAAAACGAAUGUCAUCUUUUGAGACAAGAAUUACAACAAAUUCGUUCAAGUAUGAAUCCUUUAGAAAAACAUCCAAUAUUAAAACAACUACCAUCUUCACAACAACAAAAGAUACCAGUUACAUUUGACAAUAAAUCGCAAUAUUAA